AACACAAUACGCUAGUGCCGAAGCUCGCUCGUGAUCAGUCUGUCUCUUUCACGCUACAAGCAAAUAAUUCCCCUUCUGCUUUCUUCCGUACUGUUUUCAUAUACCGCUCCCCUUACCAACUUAGUGACGAAACGGCCUCACCUAGUACCAUAGACCCGUCUUGGUCAAGAGCUCAUAAUAAACUCAAUUUCAUUCGAUUGCUUAUGUUCACUUCUUCGAUAUGGAUGAAGACGAUGAAACAUUAUGCAAAUAUGGAACGCAAUUACCACCAUACGAACAAGAUGAAAUCCCAUCGAAGAAACCUGUAUCAGUCGAGGACCAAAUUGUGCUCGAUGUCAAUGGAAAACGUCGAUUCCAUGGUGCGUUCACUGGCGGAUUUUCCGCCGGAUAUUGGAACACGGUCGGUUCCGAAGAAGGUUGGAAACCAACGGAGUUCAAAAGUUCCCGCCAAGAGAAAGCAAAAGCGAAGGUUCAGAAUCCAAUGGACUUCAUGGAUGACGAAGAUUUGGGAGAAUUCGGAAUUGCACCCCAGCGUGUGCAAGCGAAGGAAGAUUUCGCACCAGCGAGUAAAGCGACGAAACGUCGCAUGCAUACGUCUGGAUCAGCCAUCGCACAACCUGUGCUAAGAGCGCUACUCGAACCGGCCAAAGAGAAGACUGUCGUGGGAAUGCUCAAAAGAAUGGGAUGGCGUGAGGGGCAAGGGAUCGGUGAGCGACAGGAUAAAAGCGAGAAGAAAAAGGCUAAGGAACGUAAUAAAAAGGAAAGGUACGUUAUGAGAAUGUAUGGAUGUGAACAUCCGGACAGAACAGUGUCACAUGCUUCCCAUGAUGAAACCGAUUCGGAGAGUGAUUUAUCGGACUGUGAAAUAAAUUUUGCUCCCGAUGAUUUUGACCCUCUUGUGGCCAUGAUCAAGGAUAACGUUUUUGGGCUUGGUUAUAAGGGGCUGAAUCGACAUGACGGAGAAUCUAAGCGAUUUAAUCUUUUCGACACGCUCGAGGUCGUUGAUAAAAACAACAAGAAGCUGUCCAUAAGAGGUCAGGCGUUCGGCAUUGGGGCAUUAGAAGAAGACGACGAUGAAGAUAUUUACGCGAAAGAUGACAUGACUCGUUACGAUUUUUCCCUAGGCGAAAAAUCCAAAACAGUUCGGGCGAUUACACACAAAGAUCAUGAAGGAUGCUUGGAGGGGUUUUGCCCCUCUAAAAUGAAGGGUAAACAGAAUAAGAAAAUAUUUCGCGUAGAAGUUCCCGCCACAUAUGUCGCUCGCAAUUGGAUGGAAAGGCGCAGUCGGUUUGAACCAAUCGAUGAAACGAGACGGCAGCAUCUGAAGAAGGAUGAAUAUAAACUGCAAGGAUUGGGUCGUCAUGAUUUAAAUCCGUUAACGCGUGGACAAAUUUUAGGUGAACCUUCUGUUGAACCAUCCUCUAGUGCUUCAAUUCUAGAUUCAGUAAGUAGACAACAAGAAAAUUUGGUCUCCGCUGAAAUCAUUGAUACAAGUGAUGCUUCCCAAAGUAGACCUGUUGCAAAGAUCUCGAAGGAUUUGAAAGUCGUCCCGAAUAAGCCCACAUUACGCCAAGAAGCCUCAAAUUACGGAUCAACGUCAGGCGGCUUUAAACCCUUCAUUAAUUACCCCGAUAAACAGGAUCGUUAUGAGAAGUUCAUUUCGUUCAAACCGUCGGAUAAAUUCAAAAACAAGGAAGCCUAUCUGGGUUCGUUGCAACCACUAGGGAUGUCCGAAUGGGAUAGAGAACGUGAACAGAAAGAAUUUAUUCAAGCUCAACGAAUGUAUCGACCUAUGGAUGGAUUAAUGUCGGAUAGAUUCGUAACAGAGUCCACUUUGAAAGCAGAACGUGAUGUCGAGAACCAAUCUCAAAGCAAAGAAAUAACAAUGAAACGUGUACGAGUUAUGUGGAAACCUCAAAAAGAACUUUGUAAACGCUUCAAUGUACCUGAACCUUUCGGAGGUAUGAUGGAGGAUGAGAAAGACAAACCGAAAGCUACAUUCUCUGUGUUUGACUAUCUUGAGGUUCCAGUUAACAGCAAGACUAACUUUGUAACGCCAGUGAUUAUUCCUAGAAAGAGCGAUAAAGAUGUAAAUACCGACAAGCCUUCCAGUCCAGUGAGACUAGCUGCUCAGUCUGUAAUUAAUAGAGAGAAAGAACUUUCGACACCUCCACUAAAAUCACAACAGUCGCAAAUAAUCAUUCGACCGAAGACUGAAAAACGAACUGAGCUCGAACAACAAGUGAUUGAAAGUGUCAACAAACCAACGGAAGAGAAGAAAAAUCUGUUCAAAUCAAUAUUCUGUAGCAGUGAUGAAGAAGAUGAAGGCACGGAUAUUCCACAAUCAGAAAAUAAUGAAUCCUCAAAGCUACCUGAUAGCGAAAAAGCAAAGCUAGUCGAUAGUCUCGUAGCUAUCAAACCAGCAAGUGAAGUAAAUAUCUUACGCAAUAACUCACCACCGCGGGGAAUUUUCAAAAGUAUUUUCGAGAUAAAAUCUUCUCGACAAGCUUCGCAAGAUUCGAUGAAUGUCACUGAUAAAAUCUUAGAGGCAAAAUCUUCAUCAAAUACUGAGAGCGAUGUACAAAAUGAUGCGCUUUACGGGCCGAAGCUACCCGCGAGUAUAUCUAACGCAGCAAUACGUGCAGAUAAAACAGUUGGUUCCACAAUCGAAGUUGAUAAAAGUAAAGAAGACGUAGAGUGGGUAGAGAAAAGGAAAAUAUCAGGAAAAUCUAAGAAAAAGCAUAAGGAACACAAAAAAUCUAAGAAAAACAAAAAAGAUAAAAAGAAACACAAACAUCAACGACGGGAAAGGUAGACUGUUUUGAACCCUGAUAUUCUUACAUGGUUUUGCAGUUUAAACUUGUAUUUACUUGUAUUAAGUGCUUGAUGCAAUAAAAAUCAAAUAGUA